AUGACCCAGGGGCCAGAGGGGCAUGAGCGCUGUCUCCAAAGGGAUGAUGGGAGGGAGACGCUGCCCCAGAUAAUCUCCACAGCGAUGUUGCCCUCACUGGGGACGUGGCAGCUGUGCCUGGACAGUGCAGUGGGGCUGUGCCGUCGGGCCAGUCCUGGCCUGGCCCAAGAAACAGGCUCCAGGAGUGCUCAGGAGCCCUUCCCUGAGGCCCUGUACGAGGAGAUCGGUUACAGCCCAGUGUGGGAGAAGCAGGCGAGGUUUGGUCGCUCAGGCUCCUAUUCAGAGGAGUCCCUGACCCAGCUGCAGCCCUACCCGGGGGUCAGCGAGGAGGAGGAUGGUCUGGGAUCAGCACCAGAUGUUCUUGUCCCACCUGGAGGUGACCCAGCAGGUGGUUAUGAUGAUGCCAGGGAGGUUUCUGAUCCCGUGGAGGAUGUUGCCCCUGGGCAGGGAGAGAGGGAAAUGCCCAGGGAGCCAGAGGAGGGAGCAGAGCCCAGGGAUGCACCCGGAGGGGCCAGCCUGCGCUCCUGGAGAAGUGCUGGGGUCCCUGGAGCUGAAGGAGACACGUGGCCCCUGUCCCUGGGGAGCAUGGGCUAUGAUGAUGCUGAAGAGGUGUCUCUGGCACAUCCCCCUGAGGACACAGCGGCUGUGACACCAGAGCUCUGUGCACAACAGUCCCAGAGCCCCAGGCCAUGA